AUGAAUGGUAAAUAUAAAUUUAGUAAUUUUCUUACUAGUUUAUGUUUUACGCAAGAAUUCAUUCCAUCUCGAGCUAGAAGAAAAUAUUUUGAAAGAAUUAGAACUCAUUUGAGUCAACAAUAUGAAGCUAUUGAAGCGCAAAAAAGGAAACAUAUAAGGAUAUUUCAGAGAAAAGCAAUAGAAAAACAAAAACGUUUUUUCGUUUUAGUUAUAGAAUUAGUGGAUUUUAUGUGGGAAUUUAUGAACCAUGAACGAAAAUCGUCAGCAUCACGUGAGAGAAAUUGGUCACGUGGAAGAUCCGAAUUCUGGACCAAUGCAUAUCAACCGAUAUUUACUUGUAUGGCUUAUACAAAGGUUGUAGAGUUUGGAAUCGAUUAA